AUGGCUGCCGACUACCGGAUCUCCAGGGCAAGCUGGGCCACACUAUUGCUGUGUCUCCAGCUUGCUCAGGCCUUCUACAUACCUGGCUGGUCGAUCAAGUCGUACGCCGAAGGGGAGCGCAUUCCCCUCUUCGUCAACAAGGUCUACAGCGACAACACCCAGAUCCAAUAUGCCUACUCCGAACUGCCUUUCGUCUGCCCUUCUUCCGGCAGACACCACCCCGGCACUGGCCUCAUCUCUGGCUCCAACGUCGCCCUGAACCUUGGCGAGGUCCUGCGAGGCGACAGAAUCACAGUCUCUGAUUACGAACUGGAAAUGGGAAAAGACGAGGAGGCACGCUAUCUUUGCAGUCAAAAGGUGGACAAGGCUGGCUUGAAGAAGGCGAUUGAAGUGGUCGAUAAGGGUUACGUUGCUGAGUGGAUCGUGGACAACCUACCUGGCGCAACCAGCUUUGUUACGGUCGAUAAGAGCAGGAAGUACUACGCUUCUGGCUUCAAGAUGGGCUAUGAGGAGGUCUCGGUCAUCACUGGCCAACCACGCUACUUCCUCAACAACCACGUCACACUCGUCAUUCGUUACCGUGGAGCUCCUGGCAAGGAUGGACAGCAGGGCAAGAAGGUCAUUGUUGGCUUUGAAGUGUACGCCAAGUCAAUCGAGGCGGAGAACCGCGAUGCUUCUGGACUGCCGGCCUCUUUGCACGAUGUUGGUGGCCUCGAGCUCAACUUCAACAAGACUUCCACCAAUGCCACCACCAUCGAAGAUAUGGACUUACCGUUCGAUAUCGAUAGUGCACCCGACGACGCAACUUUGACUAUUCCAUACACCUACAGCGUAUACUUCCGUGAAGAGGACAAGCUGGACUGGGCCAAUCGAUGGGACCUCUACUUUGUCAACCAGGAAGACAGUAACAACAUCCACUGGCUUGCCAUUAUCAAUUCGCUGGUCAUUUCUGGUCUUUUGACGGCUGUUGUUGCAGUCAUUCUGGCUCGCACUAUCCGCGGCGACUUGAAAGGUUACAAAGAGAGCGGCAUGGAAGAAGGCAAGCUACGGAUUGGCAAGCGUCGCAAGGGCAGCAGAUCGCCACGCAAGACGAGCGCUGAGCAUGGUGGCCUACUCGAAAAAGUCGAUGCUGAAGUGCAAGCCGAUGAAAGUUCCGAUGACGAGGUUCCCGAAGAUAUCACUGGGUGGAAGCUCGUCCACGCAGAUGUGUUCCGUCAGCCGCCCCAUGGUCUUCUUCUGGCACCGCUUGUUGGUUCUGGCAUGCAGCUGGUCUUCAUGUCGAUUGGACUCGUGGCACUCUCCUGCUUUGGUGUUCUCAACCCAUCCUUCCGUGGCGGUUUCAUCUCCACCGGCUUUGCGCUUUUCAUCGUUGCGGGUGUCUUCUCUGGCUACUUCUCGGCCAGAGUCUACAAAACGUUCGGCGGCAAUAACUUCAGACAAAACGCCGUCGUCACGGCUACUUUGUUCCCAGGACUCCUCUUCGCCACGGUCUUCAUCCUCAAUCUCUUUGUCUGGGCUCACGCAUCUUCCACAGCCAUCCCGCUCGGCACACUUUUCGGUCUUGUAGCUCUUUGGCUUCUCAUCCAGUUGCCGCUCGUCUACGUCGGUAGCUGGUAUGGCUUCAACCGCGCCGGAGCGUACUCUCACCCCAUCAAGGCAUCUACCAUCCCUCGACAAAUUCCCCAACAAGCAUGGUACAUGCGCUCACUACAAACCAUCCUAAUCGCCGGUCUCAUUCCAUUCGCCGUCAUCUUCAUCGAGCUGCUCUUCGUCUUUCGCAGUCUUUGGCAAGACAAGAGCGGCUACUACUACGUCUUCGGCUUCCUGGCAGUCGUGUCGACGAUUCUGAUUCUGGCUGUGAUGGAGACGACCGUCAUUGCGGUGUACAUCCAGCUUUGCUCAGAGAACUACCACUGGUGGUGGCAAUCUUUCUUCAUCGGCGGCGCCUCGUCCAUUUGGAUCUUCCUCUACUGCAUUUAUUACUACAUGAACCACCUCCACAUCACUGGGCUCGUCAGCACGAUGCUGUUCUUCUCCUACAGCUUCUUGGCAUGUUUGGUCUACGGUCUCUUGACUGGCACAAUCGGAUUCUUGACCGCAUACGCCUUUGUCAGAAGAAUAUACGGAGCCAUCAAAGUCGAUUGA